AACCUAUGAAGUUAGUUUCCCACAAAAAAAAAAAAAAAAAAAAAAAAACCUAUGAUGUUACGAUGAAUCACCAAAAAAUGAAAGCAUGACAACCCUUCUUUUGAUUUUCUCCGUUUUUACUCUGCUCAGCUUUCCGACCAUUACGGAUGCUGAUUACCUGGCUCGCAUCUGCCCAAACACCACCACCUUCACCCCAAACUCCACCUUCCAGUCCAACCUCAACCGCCUCCUCUCCACCCUCUCCUCCAACGCCAACCGCUCCACCGGCUUCUACAACGCCUCCGUCCAAGCCCCAAACAACUCCGUCUACGGCCUCUUCCUCUGCCGCGGCGAUGUCGUCGGCACCGACGCUUGCGAAACCUGUGUCGCCACCGCUACCGCCGAGGCCCCACAACGCUGCCCUGUAGAAAAAGAGAUGGUGAUCUGGUACGACUACUGCAUGCUACGCUACUCCAACGAGUCUUUCUUUUCCAGGGUAGCCGACAAGCCUUCCGUGUACCUUUGGAACACGCAGAAUGCAAGUAGUAUAACGGACCAAAACCGGUUCAACGAGGUACUGGCAGCUACGGUCACCGAAGUGGCCGCUCGGACUUCCAAUAGCAGUCACAAGUUUGCGACGAAAGAAACGAAUGUUUCAGGUUCCAUUACGCUGUACGGAUUUGGGCAGUGCACGCAGGACCUGUUCCCUGGAGAUUGCAAUUGGUGUCUUCUGGUAGCUGCAACACAAAUUCCUAGAACAAGUGCUGGGGGACGAGUUCUAAAACCCAGUUGCAAUCUUAGGUUUGAAAUUUACCCCUUCUACUCCUCCGGCCCACCGCCGCCAGCCUCCAUCAGAGAAGGGCCUAAAGGAAAAAGCAAAACCCCAACUAGUACAAUUGUUGCCAUUGCUGUAGCAAUAUCUGUAUCUGUGCUACUUUUCGUUGUGGGUUACUGCUGCAUAACUAGGAGAGCGAGAAAGAAGUACAAUCAAGCAGCAGCAGACGAACCAAGCGGUGAGAAUGACAUUACUACUGUCGAGUCUUUGCAAUUUGAUUUUGCUACCAUCCAAGCAGCUACGAGCAAUUUCUCCGAUGAUCACAGGUUAGGCAAAGGUGGUUUCGGUCAAGUUUACAAGGGUACACUUUCAAACGGUCAAGAAGUAGCUGUGAAGAGGCUAUCAAGGAACUCUUGCCAAGGCACAGAAGAAUUUAAGAACGAGAUGGUAUUGGUAGCCAAGCUUCAACACCGAAAUUUGGUUAGGCUCUUGGGAUUUUGCUUGGAAGGUGAAGAAAAGAUUCUUGUUUAUGAAUACGUGCUCAACAAAAGCCUCGACUGUUUCCUAUUUGACCCUGAGAAACAGGGGCAAUUGGAUUGGUCAAGACGUUACCAGAUUAUUUCAGGAAUUGCUAGAGGAAUCAUGUACCUGCAUGAAGAUUCCCGACUUAGAAUUAUACAUCGUGAUCUCAAAGCCAGCAAUAUAUUGUUAGAUGGGGACAUGCAUCCAAAAAUAUCUGAUUUUGGCAUGGCCAGGAUCUUUGAGGUUGAUCAAACUCAAGCAAAUACAAAUAGAAUUGUCGGAACGUAUGGUUAUAUGUCUCCCGAGUAUGCAAUGCACGGGCAAUUUUCUGUCAAGUCCGAUAUGUAUAGUUUCGGUGUUUUAGUGCUAGAAAUCAUCAAUGGCAAAAAGAACAGUCACUUUUUUCAGACCAAUGCAGCUGAGAACCUGGCAAGCCAUGCUUGGAAGUUAUGGAGAGACGAGACAUCUUUGGAAUUGUUGGAUCCGAGUCUGAGAGACUCUUAUUCAAGGACUGAAGUAAUCAGAUGCAUCCACAUCGGCUUACUUUGUGUUCAGGAAGAUCCAGCUGACAGGCCUACGAUGCAAUCAGUAGUUCUCAUGCUCAAUGGUUACUCUGUCAAUCUACCAUUACCUAAAGAACCGGCAUUUUUCCUCCAAGGCAAAGUGGUGGGGAACACGUCAAUGACAACGUUGGAGUCCGAUAUCAACAAGUCAUCUAUGUCCGUUUAUAAUGGAUCUAUCACUGAAUUAUACCCUAGAUAGCGUGCACAAAUAAGGUGUUUAGAUCUAUUGUAAUAUAUGUUUAUCAACCUACUGCUUUGCAAUAAAUGGAUUAGAAUUUUAUA